AUGUUCGGUUAUUCGGAAAGGACAAAUCAAUGGAUCGUCGGCGUUUUCUCCUUGAAUGCCUUCGUGCUCGUCUACGUUUAUUUGUUCGUUCCUCCAUUCCAUCUCAAUUUCGAUUAUUUCCCUUCAGGUUCUUCCACCAGGAAUGGAUCAGCACAAUUUGUUCCAUCCUUCUUCCUCUUUUGGUUUGGCAAAUUCUGAUCUUCGGAGUCUUCGCCCCAGAUGAGGUGUUCAUGGAUCUGAUCGGAGAAAACCACCCAACUAACCAGUCUUCUGAUGUACUCGUUCAAACGUUUCUUUCACAAAACCUUGCCACUUCAGCGACUCCAAUCUCCCACUGCACCGUCGAUUCGAGCAGUCAUCGUUUCCUCUGGCGACCAUUGA